UCAACGUUCACAAUCGAAUUGUGUAAUUACACAAAUUUGACACUUUGGAAGCAAUGAGUAACUCUGAAGACGCUGAACUGAGGCCAAGUUUUUCAGUUCCAAACCUGGAAAAUCCUGCAAAAAAGAAACUAAACUCAUCAGGUAGCUAUUUUGUGAUUGGAGGGUGUUUGGCUACUGCCGCUGUAUUAUUUGGGGGCUUGCUCAGUUUUCGCCGCGGAAACUCUAGAAACUCACAAAUGUUCAUGCGUGCUCGUGUUCUGACGCAAGGUGCAACCUUGCUUGCAGUAGCAGGUACGUUCUGGAGUGCAGCCAGUUUGAAGAGGAGGGAACGAGAGCAAGCGGUAGCAGCAGGUGAAGAACUUGGUGUAGAAACCUUAGACGAAGAGAAAGCCAAGGCUCUUUUAGAAAAAACGGGCCGUCAAAGAAGUUUAAGGUAGAAAGUGUUGAAGUACAUUGUUACUUUGGUUUGUAGAAAUUGGUUAAUGCCGUAUCAUCUAUGUAUAAGUUAUGGAUACUUUUGACAGAGUUCCUUGCAUUGUGCUUUGUAGUAAAUUGUGAAAGUAGAACUGUUGAUUUCGAAAGCCU